AUACGUCUAGCCUGGUGGACUGGGAUUAAUAUUAGCCUCUUCAAUGGAGGGAAAGAAAAGCAAAACUAAAUCCAAAGUGGAUAUAUAUAAAGAUCAAGAGGAGGGGAGCACUGAAAGAGCCAAAUCUCCAGAACCCAGCUGUGUGUCUUUGAGUAGUGAACAAUCCAUGGAUUAUCCUCCUGGUGUCAGUGAUGGAACAGUGACCUCUGAACCCAGACAGUGCAUCGAUUUCUACAGCAAUCACUCCAGACCAUCAGAACAGUUGGACUCUCCUCAGUGCAGAAAGAGAUCCAGAACAAACAGCGCCAUGAAAUCCAGUUCUGCUGGUUGUGUUCACCUGCAGGAGGAGACCGGAGACCUGCAUAAACCACUGAAUGAUGAACUACAGAGAGUCAAAGAGCAGCACAAAACCAGCAUGAAGAACAAGUAUGAGAGAUUAUUUGAGGGACUGAAACUCCAGGAGAAUGAAAGCCUCCUGAACAGCAUCUACACACAGCUCUACAUCAUAGAGGGAGAGAGAGAAGGAGUAAAUGAAGUACAUGAGGUUUUACAGAUGGAGAAAACAGCCAGAACACAACACUCACAAGACACUCCAAUCUACUGCAAUGACAUCUUUAAAGCCUCCGCUGAAGCAGGAUGUGAGGAGAAAGAGCAGAUCAAGACUGUUCUUACUAAAGGCAUCGCUGGAAUCGGAAAAACCGUCUCUGUGCAGAAGUUCAUUCUGGACUGGGCCGAGGGAAAAGCCAAUCAGGAUGUAGAUUUCAUGUUUGUGCUUCCAUUUCGAGAGCUGAACUUGAUCCCAGAUCAUCAGUACAGUCUUCACAGACUUCUGCUGGACUUUCAUCCUGAACUUCAAGAUCUGGACUCACAGAUUUAUGAGGAGUGUAAAGUUGUGUUCAUCUUUGAUGGUUUGGAUGAAAGCAGAAUCACACUGAUGUUUUCAGACGCUCAGAAAGUUUGUGAUGUGACUGAGACUUCAUCAGUGGCUGUGUUGAUGUCAAAGCUCAUGAAAGGAGAGCUGCUUCCCUCUUCUCUCAUCUGGAUCACCUCCAGACCAGCAGCAGCCAAUCAGAUCCCCUCCAAAUACAUCCACCGUCUGACAGAAAUUCAGGGAUUCACUGAGCCUCAGAAGGAGGAAUAUUUCAGGAAGAGAAUCAGUGAUGAGCAUCAAGCCAGCAGAAUCAUCUCACACAUCAGAAGAGCAAGAAGCCUCCACAUCAUGUGCCACAUCCCCGUCUUCUGCUGGAUCUCAUCCACUGUGCUUCAGAAGCUCCUGGAAGAAGAUCUGAGUGCAGAAAUCCCUCAAACUCUGACUGAAAUGUACAUCCACUUCCUGCUGAUUCAGAUCAACAUGAGGAAGCAGAAGUAUGAAGAGAGAGAUCCAGAGAAACUCCUGCCGUCCAACAGAGAAGUGAUUGUGAAACUUGCUGAAGUGGCUUUCAAACAGCUGAUGAAGGGCAAUGUGAUGUUCUAUGAGGAGGACCUGAUUGAGAGCGGCAUAGACAUCACUGACGCCUCUGUGUAUUCUGGGAUUUGCACUGAGAUCUUUAAGCAGGAAUCUGUGAUUCAUCAGAGGAAAGUCUACAGCUUCAUUCAUCUAAGCGUCCAGGAGUUUCUCGCUGCUUUCUAUGUGUUUUACUUUCAUGUGAAUACAACUAUGGAAGGACUGAAGAAUUUUGCUUCAGUAAAACGUUUGCUUAAAGCUGCAGUAGAUGAAGCCGUUGAGUGUGAGAAUGGACGUCUGGAUCUGUUCCUGCGGUUCCUGCUGGGCGUCUCACUGGAGUCCAAUCAGAGACUCUUACAGGAUCUACUGACACACACAGAGAACAGCUCAGAGAGCAUCAGAGAAACCACACAGUACAUUAAAGAGAAGAUCAAAGAUGGACAUGGACUCUCCACUGAAAGAUCCAUUAAUCUGUUCCUCUGUCUGCUGGAAGUGAAAGAUCAGACUCUGUCUGAAGAGAUUCAGGAGUUUGUGAAAUCAGACAAACACUCCGAGAAGAAACUCUCUGCUGCUCACUGCUCAACAAUCUCCUACAUGCUUCAGAUGUCAGAGGAGACACUGGAUGAACUGAACCUCAUGAAAUACAACACAUCAUCUGAGGGGAGAAGAAGACUGAUACCAGCUGUGAUCAACUGCAGAAAAGCUCUGCUUGCUGGCUGUAAUCUCACUGCUCAGUCCUGUGAAACUGUGUCUUCAGCUCUACAAUCCUCAAACUGUGUCCUGAGAGAGCUGGAUCUGAGGAACAAUGACCUGCAGGACUCUGGUGUAAAGUUUAUUUCUGAUGGACUGAAGAGUCCAAACUGUCAGCUGCAGAUACUGAGGUUGUCUGGCUGUAUGGUGACAGAGGAAGGCUGUGGUUAUUUGUCUUCAGCUCUGAGUUCAAACCCCUCACACCUGAGAGAGCUGGAUCUGAGCUACAAUAACCCAGGACAAUCAGGAGUCCAGCUGCUCAAACACAAACUGCAGGAUCCAAACUAUAAACUGCAGAUACUCAAUUUGGAUCAUGGAGGGCCCUUCAGAAUCACACCAGGACUUAAAAAAUGUAGGUUCUUUCUCAGACACAGUCAUGCACAUUUAAUGAAAACAAAUGAUAUAAUUAAUUAAUGAUCAUUGUUUUUAUCUCUUUUCUUGUUUUCAGACGCCUGUGAUCUCACACUGGAUCCAAACACAGCAAAUACUCAACUCAUCUUGUCUGAGGAGAACAAGAAGAUUACGUAUGUGAAAGAUCGUCAGCCGUAUCCUGAUCAUCCAGAGAGAUUUGCUGAUAUUCCUCAGGUUCUGAGUGUUGAGAGUCUGACUGGACGCUGUUACUGGGAGGUUGAAUGGGGAUCUUGGGCUCGUAUAGCAGUAGCCUAUAAAGGGAUCAGCAGGAAAGACGGGACUGUCUGUAAGUUUGGAUACAAUGACAAAUCCUGGAGUCUAUUCUGCACUGGUAAUGGAUAUGUUGUCUGGCACAAAAAUGUAAGCAAGAACAUAACAACUAAUGUACCAAUAUCUAAUAGAGUAGGAGUGUAUGUGGACGUGUCGGCCGGCUCUCUGUCCUUCUACAGCAUCUCUGACACACACACACUCACACACAUAUACACAAUCAACACCACAUUCACUGAACCCCUCUGUGCUGGGUUUAAGGUGUUUGAGUCCUCAUUAUCUCUUUGUCAGAUUUAACAACAAACACAAAC